ACCACGGGCAAGUUUAUGGGAAUGGCACCGUCUCAGGGUAGUGGGUUCUUUCAUGUUUGGAAAGCCAGCAGUGCAAGAGAUUAGGAAUAAACUCUGAGCAUUUUCACAGGCCUGACCAAAUCAGGACAUUAGAGGAGAUCAAAUGGCUGCCUUUGCCUUCAUGACCGUAUUUUUCCUGGUAUCCUCCACUUUGACACAUACCGUUUUUUCAGAAAUGUUCAAACCACACGACAUGUCUAAAUGGCCUAAGCCCCCAUGUAAAAUGUACUACCCAGUGGAUACUCUUUAUGAGUCAACCUGUCCUGAUGUAACUUCAUAUGUUUGUGCUACAAAUGGCCACACUUACCAGAAUGAGUGUUUCCUUUGUAUUGAUUGGUGGGAAUUUGGCCCUCACAUUAAAUUUGAUAAGUAUGGAAAAUGUGAUUAAUGGGUAACAGAGUACUACACUUGCUUAUUCUUUUCACUACUCAAUUCUGAAAACUAUUUCCUUUGGAAUUUGAGGGUGUAUAAUAAAUAACACACCCUUAUGCUGCACCCAAAUUUGGAACAAAAUUGAAAACAAAGGAAUCAAACUAAUGGAGAACCAAAUAUCACAUUUAUUACAAAUAAACAUAACAAUGAAAGAA